AUGACCAUUGGCGAAGAUUUAUCUGCCAUUUCAUUUCUUCCUGGCUGUCCAUCGGAUAACCUCUCCGUCCGAGGAAGGCCGCUGUCGCCUAACAUAUUCUCAUCCGUGUUACCUUCAACAAAUCCAGGAUUCACAAUCCCAUCUCCAACAGAAACAAAAAAGACAGGUUCUUCUUUCAAAUGUCCCAAAUCAAAAUACCCGGAUUUCACAUGGAAAGCGCCACCAUCCGAGUUUCUCUAUCUCUUCCCUUAUCUUUCUGUCUCGCUCACUCUCUUUCUUUUUCUUUCAUUCUUUCUCUCCUUUUUCUCUCUUUCUCUCUCUGUUUCUCUAUCUCUUCCCUUAUCUUUCUGUCUCUCCCUUUCUCCCUCUCGCUCUCUCUCAGAAAAAAUCUUUUUUCAGCCAUUCUUUCUCUCCUUUUCUCUCUUUCUCUCUGUUUCAGAAAAUCUUUCCUUAUCUUUUAUUUCUCGAUCUCUUUUAGACAACAUCUUUCUGCAGAUACGAAAACAAAUUUUACUAGGCGUUACUUAUUCAUCAUUUUCUUCGACUCUUUCUCUCUCUAUCUCUUUUUCUCUUCCUCCUUUUCUCUCUCUCUCUCUCUCUUUCUCUCUCUUCUUUUCAUUCUCUCUCAUCUCUUUCCUUUCGCGUACAUACUGUCUCUCUUUCUCUCUCUCUCUCUCUCUCUCUCUCUCUCUCUGUCUCUCUUUCUCUCUCUCUCUUCCCCCUACAAAAUUCUGCCUCUACAUCAUGACGCAUCUCGCAACUCCCUAA